AUGAUCUGCCUUUUCUUCUCCGAUGGUAGGAAAAUCGGACCGCAGCCUAGGCGCGGCCGUCGUCGCUACUUCUACCACAUUGCGCACGGGGUUGACCCACACUACCUCUACCCAGAGUGUGUUUUUGAUGUUGGUGAGGUGUUCGCCGCCACUCUCUUCGCUAAAAACAAGAACUGGAAGAAGGCCAGCAAGGCCAAGGGGCGCAAGAGCCUGCGCUCGAAAGUUCGACUUCGAGAAGUCCUUGUGAAGUGGUCCCAUCUGGAUGCGGGGCAAGCAACCUGGGAGACGGUGGAAUGCGACUUGGACCACCUGGAAACGGGACUGUCUACCUAUUCUCGACUGGGCGAGGUUCCUGUCGAUCCUUGUGGACGUCGCCUUCUGCCGAUCCAUGUGCGCCGGUGGAUCCUCCAGCUGACUGACGCUCACUUCGCCCACAUUGCUGGCCUC